UCCCUCCCCAUCAACAUCAGUGAAGGCGGCGGUGCUGGCUUUAGUAGUGCUGUCGGAGCUUCUCUCGCUGAGCUCCUGUUUUGCCUUAUCCCCGCGAGGGGAGGAAGGAGUUAAGUCUCAAGUUGUUUUGAGCUUUUUGGUAGGGGGUUGCUCUGGUGACUGAGAGCGCAGCCAAUCAGCGAGGCCGCUCCCCUCCCCCCAGCCGUCCCUCGCUCUCCUCCCUCCCGGGAGUUGUGCAGUUCAGGGAAGCGAGAGGCGAUGCACUUAAAGAAAUUCACCUCCCGUCAAUUCCAAGUAGGGCGUUCCGUGCAUGUCUGCCGCAAUCCUUUGCCGACACCGCGCUCCCUCCAGCCCGCAGCGCCCUGAACCCCCGCCUCCCUGUGCCCGCCCGCCUGCCUGCCGUGUGACGCGGACCCCGGCCGCCCUGUGACAUCGGAUUGCUGUCUGUGUGGCUGUCAUGUCGUCCACCGCGGUGGCCAUGUCUCGGAGGCAGUCGUGCUACCUGUGUGACCUGCCCCGCAUGCCUUGGGCCAUGAUUUGGGACUUCACCGAGCCCGUGUGCCGGGGCUGCGUCAACUACGAGGGCGCCGACCGCAUCGAGUUCGUCAUCGAGACCGCCCGACACCUGAAGCGAGCGCAUGGCUUCCAGGAGGGCCGCUCUCCGGGGCCCCCGCCCUCCAGCUCGGCCAAGCCGCCGCUGUCCAAGGAGAUGGCGCAGAUCGGGCACUCGGUGGUGGGAGCGGAGAGCAUUCCCAGGAGCGCGCAGCCGCCACAAACUUUGGAUCGAUACCCGCUGGAGAGGCCGCCGCCCCGCCUCACCUCGGAUUACAGUGUGGGGGGGAGGCAGGUUAACGGCAUCCUCCUCCCGAACGGAUACCCCAAGUCGGAUGACCCGCUGGAGCUGAACCGGCAGAGCCCCAACCUGCGCAGGACUAGUGCCGUGCUGCCCGCCCUCGGGGCCCUCAUGAACGGCUCGCCCAUGGGCUCGGUCAGCGGCCGGGCUGCCGCGAUGGGAAUCCCCGCGGCCUCGCUGGUGGCAGCCACCACCUCCACCGAUAUGGGCGGCAAGCGGCCCGGCUCCGUGUCCAGCAGCGAGCACGAUGGCAAGGAGAAACAGCGGGCGGACAGCUACUCCGAGCUGGGGGAGAGCCACAAGGCCAGGGCUGACGAGUGGAUCAGCAAGCCCAAGACGGUUAGGGACACCCUGAUGGCCAUGCAGCACAGCCUCUCACCGUUUGAUGCCAAAUUCAAGAAGGAGGCGGCAGCUGGGAGGGUGAUGGGCUAUGACUCCGGUAACCCUGCAUCUAAAUCGGGUGCUCGUGCUGCCAGAAAACGUAAACCGUCUCCUGAGCCUGAAGGAGAAGGAGGCUCUGUUAAGAUAAAUGGUGAUGGACAGACGUGGCUGCCAACAGCAGAUGGCCUUAAGAUUUCUACAAUGACAAAUUCUUCUUUUAUAUCUCAGCCUUCUACUGUAUCUCCUCAUUCCAACCGUACGACACCACCUGAGGCUGCUCAGAAUGGCCAAUCUCCAAUGGCUGCUCUCAUAUUGGUGGCUGACAAUGCUGGUAGUAGUCAUGGAUCGAAAGAGGGUAACCAGGUUCACUCUACAACAAGGAGAAACAGUAACAGCCCUCCAUCACCUUCCUCUAUGAACCAAAGAAGAAUGGCUCCCAGGGAAGUGCAAAGUCAACUUCCCAGUGGAGGCCCAUCAUCCCAUUCAGGAAUGGAACAAAUACACCCUCAAAGCAUUCCUGACUCCUCUAUAACUAACAGUGUACCUCUAUGUUGCACUCUUUGUCAUGAGCGUCUUGAGGACACACAUUUUGUACAGUGUCCUUCUGUACCUUCUCAUAAGUUUUGUUUUCCUUGUUCAAGGCAAAGUAUUAAACAACAAGGUUCAACAGGAGAAGUGUAUUGUCCAAGUGGAGAAAAAUGCCCUCUGGUGGGAUCAAACGUACCUUGGGCAUUCAUGCAAGGAGAAAUUGCCACUAUUCUUGCUGGGGAUGUAAAAGUGAAAAAAGAGAGAGACUCUUGACUUUGAAAAAAAUAUUUUUGUCACCAUGAUCUGUAACUAAAAUGUGUGCGUGCGUGUGUGUGUGUGCGCGUGUGUGUAUAUAUAUCCAUAUGUAUAUAAUGUCUAUUUCUUUCUACAUAUAUACACACACCCGAAGGGAAACUUACACUGCAUAAAUAUGGCUGUAUAAUUUUUAAUUUUUCAAUAUAUUGUUUCUAUUUUUGAAAGAUAUGUACUUACUGAUCAGGAAGGUAUUCCAUUUUUUUUUUUAAUGUUUUGCAAGUAUUUGUUCUUAUCCAGUGAAAGUUCUGUGUAGGCUGUGACUUGAGAUGCUUUUUAGAGCACUUGGAAAAACAAAUGCUUUUAGCUGUAUUUGUAUGCACUUGUUAAAAAUGCCAAAUACAUUUUUAUGACCUUGUAA